AUGUGGUUGUUGCGAUGCGGGCGCGGCAAAGUUUUGGGCAGCGCUGGCUACGGCGCUGGUUACGAUGCUGCUUGUAAUGCUGCUCGCGAUGCUGGCCACGGUGCUGGCUACGGUGCUGGCUACGGUGCCGGCUACGGUGCUGCUCGCGAUGCUGGCUACGGUGCUGGCUACGGUGCUGGCUACGGUGCUGGCUACGGUGCUGGCUACGGUGCUGGCUACGGUGCUGGCUACGGUGCCGGCUACAGUGCUGCUCGCGAUGUUGGCCACAGUGCUGCUUGCGAUGCUGGCUACGGUGCUGCUCGCGAUGCUGCUACGGCGCUGGCCACGGUGCUGCUUAUAAUGCUGCUGCGGCGCUGGCUACAGUGCUGCUCGCGAUGCUGGCUACGGUGCUGCUCGCGAUGCUGCUACGGCGCUGGCCACGGUGCUGCUUGCAAUGCUGCUGCGGCGCUGGCUAUAGUGCUGCUCGUAAUGCUGCUCGCGAUGCUGGCUACGGUGCUGGCUACAGUGCUGCUUGCAAUGCUGCUGCGGCGCUGGCCACGGUGCUGCUCGCAAUGCUGCUGCGGCGCUGGCUAUAGUGCUGCUCGUAAUACUGCUCGCGAUGCUGGCCACAGUGCUAGCUACGUGCUGGCUACGGUGCUGGCUACGGUGCUGCUCGCAAUGCUGCUGCGGCGCUGGCUACAGUGCUGCUCGCGAUGCUGCUACGGCGCUGGCUACAGUGCUGCUCGCGAUGCUGCUACGGCGCUGGCCACAGUACUGCUCGCAAUACUGCUGCAGCACUGGCCACGGUGCUGCUUGCAAUGCUACUGCGGCGCUGGCUACAGUGCUGCUCGCGGUGCUGCUCGCAAAGCUCCUUACGGCGCUGCCUGGAUGCUGGCCAAGGCGCUGCUUAUAAUGCUACUUGCGAUGCUAGUUAUAGUGCCGGCUAUAGUGCUGCUCGCAAUACUAGCUAUAGUACUGCUUAUAAUACUAGCUAUAGCUAGCUAA